AUGGAAGCUUUUGGAUUGUUGUGGAAAGCGGAGGUUCCGUUCAAAAUAAAGGCAUUUGGGUGGAGACUUUUUCACAACCGGCUCCCAAUGAAAGAUCUUUUGGUUUUACGAGGUAUGUCUUUCCCUUUGGAAGAAUUAAAGUGUACAUUUUGUGGUCAAUGUGUAGAAACAAGGGAUCACUUAUUUUUUGGUUGUUUGGUGGUUGGAAAUAUUUGGAGAGAGAUAGCAUUUUGGGUGGGUAAAGGGGCUUUUUUAGAUGAGGGGUGUUUAUCAAAUUUUUUGGAUUGGCAUCGUUACUUUGAUAGUCUAAACGUUUUGGAUAGGAAGUUGGAUUUAGUUUGGCUUGCAACGACGUGGAGUCUUUGGUUGGUUAGAAACGGUGCGUGCUUCCGUAAGGAGGCGUGGAGUGUGAAUAACAUUGUUUGGGACAUUAAGAAUCUAGUGUGGAGAUGGCCUUUUUGUGGAAAAACUACCCAUCCCAAUUACUCUUUUUACGAGUUUUCUAAGGAUCCAAUAUAUUUUAUCUCGUAA